UGGAGCCUCAGCAAGCCUGGAUAAACCUCCUGAGCUGGAUCCUCCAACCCAGGGCUCAUCAGAACUCUAGAAAUUUCUAGUGGCAUUCCAUGAGAGAAAACAAGUUAAGCGAUGUCAUUCUCAGCCUGAAAGCCCAGAGAUCUGAGAAUCUGCCAAAAGACGGAGAUCAUCCGCGCAGGCUCCUGAUGUCUGGCUUUGUGGCGAGGAACCAGGGUUACUUUCACUUUUGAAGGAUGUGUUUACUGAGGUCUCUGCGACCCACACAGCUGCCUUAGCCUGGUACACACAGCAGUGGAGCACCACAGAAGAGCAAGGGCAGACAUGUCUGACAGAACCCAGCAACGCUUAACCUACUGCUUGGAGCAACUGAGUAAAGAAGAGCUAAAAGAGUUCCAGCAUCGGCUGCCAAAACAAACGGUGUGGCCAGAGGCCAGUGGCACAAAGAUAGCCUCAAGCCUGGUGGCUCAGUAUGGGAAUCACCAGGCCUGGAACAUGGCCCUCCACAUCUGGAAAAAGAUGGGCAUGAAGCAGCUUCUCAGCCAGGCCCAGCAAGGGAAGGACCUGACACUGACCUAUGAUCCCUCACUCCUCAGUUUCCCGAGCACAUCUAACGUGGAGUCCUCCAGCCAGCCCGCUUCUACAGGGUUUAGGCCAGACCAUCAAUCUUCAUCUCUCCAGAUGUCCACGAAGAAAACUUUUGUAAAGAAACGUACAAAGCCCGGGUGCAGAACAAGAGAAACUACAAUAAAAACAUGCCAGAACCAGAGAAGAGAGAGCCCUUGCCAUACACGGUCCUGGGAAACUGAAGAUUUCCACCAAAAAUACGCACAGCUGCUACUUUUACAAAAAUCUUGCCCCAGAAGCCAGAGGUCCGUGGUGAGAGAAGGAGGAGGGCACCAGGACAUUAAAGACAGAGGACAUCCGAUUGCCAUCCAAGACUUAUUUGGCCCUAGCCCAGGUAGCCAGAAGAAGCCUCAGUUAGUCAUAUUAGAGGGGGCUGCUGGCAUUGGGAAGUCAACGCUGGCCAGGCAGGUGAGGAGAGCAUGGGGGGAAGGCCAGCUCUACAGGGAUCGCUUCCAGCAUGUCUUCUACUUCAGCUGCAGAGAGCUGGCCCAGUGUGAGCAGCUGAGUCUGGCUGAGCUCAUAGCAAAAUAUGAGAAUGUCUGCAAGGAUCUCAUAGAGGAGAUCCUGUCUCACCCUGAGAAGCUGCUCUUCAUCCUGGAUGGCAUAGAUGAGCCAGCAUGGGUCUUGCAGAAUCCUAAGUUCUAUCGGCACUGGAGCCAGUCACAGCCAGUGCACACACUGCUGGGCAGUUUGUUGGGGAAAUCCUUACUUCCUCAGGCUUCCUUGCUGCUCACAGCUCGGACCACAGAACUACAGACACUCAUUCCUUCCUUGGAGCAGCCACGGUGGGUGGAAGUCCUGGGCUUCUCUGAGUCUGGACGGAAGGAAUUUUUCUACACAUACUUUGCAGAGGAAAGAGAAGCAAUCACAGCUUUUACCUUGGUUGAAUCAAACCCAGUGCUCUUGACCCUGUGCCUAGUGCCCUGGGUGUCCUGGCUGGUCUGCGCCUGCAUGAAACAGCAGAUGGAGCAUGGGGGAGACCUCUCCCUGACCUCACAGACCACCACAGCCCUCUGCCUGAAAUACCUUUCCCAGGCUCUCCCAGCUCAGCCCCUGGGGACCGGGCUCAGAGGGCUCUGCUCACUGGCUGCUGCAGGGAUCUGCAGAAAAAAGAGUCUGUUCAGUGUUAAGGACCUCAGGAAACAGAAGGUACCUGGGUCUGUCAUCUCCACUUUCAUGAGCACGGGUAUCCUUCAGAAGCAGCCUAACUCUACCAACUACAGCUUUGCCCACCUGUGUCUCCAGGAGUUCUUUGCAGCGAUGUCCUGUGUCUUGGAUUAUGAAGAGGAAAAGGACAACUGUGAAAACUUUAAAGCUGUAGAAAAGCUGAUAGAAGUCUAUGGAAGACUUGACCUGGCUGAGGGGCCCGCCGUGGGCUUCUUGUGUGGCCUUCUGAGUGACCAGGCAAUGGAUGAGAUGAAAAACAUUGUCACCUGCUGGCUUCCUCUGGAGAGGAGGUGGGAGCUGCUGAAGAGGGUCCUAGAGGAAGCCCACCUCCAACACUCGUAUUCGCUUGGAUUGCUCCACUGUCUGUAUGAGAUUCAGGAUGAGGAGCUCCUGACACGGGCAAUGGACAGUUUUCAAGGAACAAGGGUUCAUGUCCAGACAGAUAUGAUGCAUCCAGGAUUCCAGGCAGAUGUGAAGCACCUGGUGGUCCAGACAGAUGUGGAGCUUAUGGUGGUCACUUUCUGCAUUAAGUUCUGCCGCCAGGUGAAGGCACUUCAGCUGGAUGGGGGUGGAUGGCAGGAACAAGCGCUGAGGGUCCCCAGGCUGGUUCUGUCCAGGUGGACCCCGAUCACUGAUGCCACUUGGCAGGUUUUCUUCUCCACUCUUGAGUUCACAGAAAGCCUGGAGGAGCUGGACCUAAGCGGGAAUCCAAUGAGCUACUCUGCAGUGCAGAGCCUCUGUAGGAUGCUGAGACACGCUAAAUGUCACCUAAAGACAUUGUGGCUGGUCAGCUGUGGCAUCACAGCCAGCAGCUGUGAGGAUCUGGCCUCUGUGCUCAGCACCAACCGCAGCCUGACUGAGCUGGACCUGCAGCUGAAUGACCUGGGUGACCAAGGGGUGAGGUUGCUGUGUGAGGGGCUCAGGAAUCCUGCCUGCAACCUCAGAAUCCUGAGGCUGGACUCGAGCUCUCUGAAUGACCAGGUGAUGGUAGAACUUAAGGCAGAGAAUCCCAAGCUGCUCAUCCAGAGCACACGGAAAUCACCUGUGGAGGUCUCUACUCCGGAUCUGGAUAAAGGAGAAACGAGUGCUGGCCCAUCCUCACUCAAGCGACAGAGACUACAGUUAGAGAAAGUUUCAAAGCAAGAAGCUCUACCCGUGGCACAGCUGAAACUCCCCCACUUGCUUCAGUCUUUUCCGGGAGGCACGCUCAUAGCGUCUCUUAAGAUUGAAGAUAGCUUCUGGGGUAGCACAGGACCUUUGGCUACUGAGGUGGUCGACAGUAAAAGGAACCUGUACCGAGUUCAGUUCCCUAUGGCUGGCUCCUAUCACUGGCCCAGUACUGGUCUUCGCUUUGUGGUGACGAGGGCAGCGAUCAUAGAUAUAGAAUUCUGUGCCUGGAGCCAGUUCUUGGGCAAGACUCCCCUGGAGCAGAGUCACGUGGUGGCUGGGCCUCUGUUUGACAUCAAGGCUGAGCAGGGAAUUGUUGACACUGUGUAUCUGCCUCAUUUUGUGGCUCUCCAAGGAAUUCAGGACACCUCAAAGUUCCAAGUGGCCCGCUUUCUGAAGCACGGGGUGGUUUUGGAGACACCAGCCGAAGUGAAGCCACAUUGCACAGUUCUAAAAAAUCCCAGGUUCUCUACCAUAGGAGUGAUGCUAAAAAUAAUCCCUGUCACCCGGCGAUUCCUACCCAUCACCUCCAUCACGUUGCUCUACCAUCAACCUCAUGCUGAGGAGCACAAAUUCCACCUUUACCUCAUCCCCAACGACUGCACUAUUCGAAAGGCCAUAGAUGAUGAAGAAAUGAAGUUCCGGUUUGUGCGAAUACACAAGCCUCCCCCCAUGGGCUCCCUUUAUGUGGGCUCUCGCUAUACCGUGUCUGGUUCAGGGACUAUGGAAAUUACACCCAAGGAACUGGAGCUGUGCUACCGGAGCUCCACGGAAGCCCAGCUCUUCUCUGAGAUCUAUGUGGGCUGCUUACAAUCAGGGAUACGGCUGGAAAUAAAAGACAAGAAUGCUGAUGUAGUUUGGGAAACUGUGUUGAAACCAGGAGAUCUCAGACCUGCAUCCACCCUGGUCGAUGCAGCCCCUACAGUUGCCAGACCCUUCCGGCACUUUGUGGACCAGCAUCGGGAGCAGCUGGUGGCCCGAGUGACAUCAGUGGACCCUGUCCUAGACAGACUGUUCGGUCAAGUGUUGAGUGAAGAGCAGUAUGAGAUGGUUCGUGCUGAGGCCACCAAUCCCAACAAGAUGCGGAGGCUGUUCAGCUACAGUCAGUCCUGGGACCUGGCCAGAAAAAGUCAGUUCUACCAAGCUCUGAAGGAGACCCAUUCUCACCUGAUCCUAGAACUCUGGGAGGUGUGGGCCAGGGCUCUUGGGGAAUGGGUAUCCUGAAAGCUCAGCAGCUGAAGCCUGAGCCUUGAAUCACAUUCCUGCCUGAUCUUUCUUUUGCCCUCAAUCCCACCAUCUCUGAUCCCCCUUGGCUUCGUCUUGGUCUGUAAAGCUUCCAACAGUCUUGCCAGCUGCAGGACCCACUCUCGGAGAUGUCAUUACUCCCUCUGUGGGAAUACUGACAGUGGGCAUACUUUAUCAGUCCACUCAGGACGGUUUACAGUUUAAAACUUAAAAAUUGUUUCUUUCUGGAAUUGUCCAUGUAAUAUUUUCAGGCCACUUUGAGCUAGUUAAAAACCCUGCUUUUUUUUUUUUUAAAAAAAAAAAAAAAAAAAAAGACUAGAGUAUACAGCGGGCACUGAGCACAAUAUCUUGAUUUCACUGCUUAGUGGGUGAGUGAAGGAGAUCAACAUUCCACAACUAUAUGGCUAGGAAAUGUAGCACUGUAUAAUGUCGGGUGGAUGGAGGGUCCCCAUUGGGAACAUUCCAGUGCCCAGCAGACUCAAGCCUAGAGGACAAAGAAGCUGCAGACAGCAGGCUGCUAACAGUGGUUAAAACAGUAGCAGCAGCCCUAAACAGAAGCGAAGAGCCCCACCACCACCACACACAGAGCUACUGAGCAGUAACACCCAGAGUCACUGUAACACUUCUCAGAACUAAAACAACAUUCCACUGCUACCGAGAAUUCAAAGCUCUUUCAUUUUAAUCUCAUUUAAAGCCCUGGUGAACUAAGUGAGCAGCCUGGACACCGUAAGCAUCUGCAAACAUCACAGCAGAAACCUCUCCAGUGUCCUACCUCUGUGGAAACAGAGACCUGUGAAGCUCUGGGGUCUUUCCACCACUGGGUUUGAUAGCUCUUCUAGGGUUGGUGCUAUUUCUUCACCUUAUUUGCAUAUUCACAUUUAGCCAGCUAGGAUCUAGCUAGCAUCCUGACAACCAAGUCCACACAUUUCAGGGCUAUAAAGCUAGAACUAUUGCAAGAACCCAUGGAAAAAGAGGAAAGAAAGACUUCCAAGCCUGGUGCUCAUGCUCUCCAGAAAAAGAAAACAAAAGUCCUUUGUACUUCAAAGAGCCAGACUCCCAAACACCUACCUCACUCAUAAAGAGGGCAGACUUGCAGGAGGUUGCCUGCACCUGAGGUCUUUUCUGUCCUGGGCAAAGCCAGCUUCCAGGACUCAGUUGUUUCUGCCUCAGCCUCCAGGACUUGGCACUGGCUGGGUGGCAAAGGGGAGUUUAUCCCUGCAACUAUUUCCAGCCUCCAAGAACUGCUGCUUCAGAGACUGUGGCUCCAACCUUCCAGACCCUCUGGAGACAGGAGAACAUGAGACAGGCCCUCACGCUCCUCCUGUAGGUACCUGCGGACUUGCUCCACAAGGGACUGCUCUUGGCUGGCCUCCCAGAGCUCUGCAAGUCGCCGAGCUGGAACACUUCUCAGAACUAUUAAGAACAUCCCACUGCUAUGGAGAGUUCAAAUCUGUUUCAUUUUAAUCCCAUGUGGAAGUCUGUUUUAAAUUGUUUUGUGCCCCUUGAACCUUGCCAAUCCCAAUUUGAAAAAUAAAAUACCUACCAUUUGUACUCCA